GUUACCACGAGCAUUUCGUCGAGGCUAGGGUGACAUAUCUUAAGAUUGAUGAAGUCACCACGAACGCCUCGCUGUCGACGAAUGGCGAGGCGGUCCUGCUUCUUCUUCCUCCUCCCGCUCCUGGUUGCGGCGCUCGCGGGGAGCCCGGUGGUCACGGCCCAGCGGAAUGCGCUGCCGGCGGCGGCGGCGGCGGCGGCGAGCGUCCGGGUCGGGGUGAUCCUGAACUUGACGUCGGCGGUCGGGGUGAGGCGGCGGGUCGGCAUCCAGAUGGCGGUGGAGGACUACUACGCCGCGAACCCCGGGUCGGCGACGAGGGUGGAGCUCCAUUUCAGGGACUCGGCCGGGGACGUCCUCCCCGCCGCUUCCGCCGCGGUGGACCUGAUCAAGAAUGUGCAGGUGCAGGCCAUGAUCGGGCCACCGAGCUCGGCAGCGACCGAGUUCGUCGCCCACAUCGGCAGCCACUCCCGCGUCCCCGUGCUGUCCUACUCCGCCACCUCGCCGUCGCUGUCCCCCGCGCAGACGCCGUUCUUCGUGCGCGCCGCCGUCAACGACUCCUUCCAGGCCGCGCCCGUCGCCGCCGUCCUCGACGCCUUCCGCUGGCGCGCCGCGGCCGUCGUGUACGAGGACUCGCCGUACGGGAGCGGCAUCCUCCCGGCGCUCGCCGACGCGCUGCAGGGCGCCGGCGCCAAGAUCAUGGACCGCACGGCGGUGCCCGUCGACGCCACCGACGACCGCCUCGACGCGCUGCUGUACCGCCUCAGGGCGAUGCCGACGCGCGUGUUCGUCGUGCACAUGCUCCACAACGUCGCCGGGAGGCUGUUCCGCCGCGCGAAGAUGCUCGGCAUGAUGUCCGACGGCUACAUCUGGGUGGCCACCGACGGCGUCGCCACGUUCAUGGACAGGUUCUCCCCGGAGGAGGUCGACGCGAUGCAGGGCGUGGUCAGCCUCCGGCCGUACGUGCAGGAGACCGACGCCGUCAAGAACUUCUCGGCGCGGUUCAAGGCGAGGCUACGCCGGGAUCACCCCACCGUCGACGAUGUCCGUGAGCCGACCGUCCUGAGGUUCUGGGCGUACGACACGGCGUGGGCGAUCGCCGCGGCGGCGGAGUCGGCCGGUGUCGCCGGCCCGGCGUUCCAGACACCGCAGACGAGCGCGCCACUGACGGACCUGGACCGGCUCGGCGUGUCGGCCACCGGCACGGCGCUCCUCAACGCCGUCCUGAGCACGACGUUCGACGGGCUCGCCGGCAAGUUCAGGCUCGUCGACGGGCAGCUCCAGCCGCCGGCGUACGAGGUCGUGAACAUCAUCGGCAAGGGCGCCAGGACGGUCGGGUUCUGGACGCCGGAGUUCGGGAUCACGCAAGACCUGAACGCCGGCAGCGCCAAGACGCUGAGGCAAAUCCUCUGGCCCGGCGAGCCGCGCGACACGCCGAGAGGCUGGACCGUGUCGCCGAGCGGGCUGCCGCUCCGUGUCAGCGUGCCGACGAAGCGGGGCUUCACGCAGUUCGUCGACGUCGGCAACGUCACGGCGACCGGGCGGCGAAACAUCACCGGCUACUGCAUCGACGUGUUCGACGAGGUCAUGAAGAUUAUGCCCUAUCCGGUGAGCUACGUGUACGACCCUUACCCCGAUAGCCCGGAAUCUUACGAGAAGCUCGUCGACCAGGUGUCGUCACAGAAGGCAGAUGCGGUGGUGGGGGAUGUGACGAUCACGGCGAGCAGGAUGGAGGAGGUGGACUUCACGAUGCCGUUCACGGAGUCGGGGUGGUCGAUGGUGGUGGCGGUGCAGAAGGAGACGAGCACGAGCAUGUGGAUCUUCCUGCAGCCGCUCACCACCAGCCUCUGGCUCGCCAGCCUCGCCUUCUUCUGCUUCACCGGCUUCGUCGUCUGGGUGAUCGAGCACCGCAUCAACGAGGAGUUCCGCGGCACGCCAUGGCAGCAGUUCGGCCUCAUCUUCUACUUCUCCUUCUCCACCCUCGUCUUCUCCCACAAGGAGAAGCUGGAGAGCAACCUGUCGAGGUUCGUGGUGAUCAUAUGGGUGUUCGUGGUGCUGAUACUGACGUCGAGCUACACGGCGAGCCUGACGUCGAUGCUGACCGUCCAGAAGCUGCAGCCGACGGUGACCGACGUGAGGGAGCUCCUGAGGCGAGGCGACUACAUCGGGUUCCAGGAGGGGACCUUCAUCGUGCCGGUGCUCGAGAAGAUGGGCUUCGAGGGGAGGAUGAGGAGCUACAGCACGGUGGACCAGUACGCCGACGCGCUGUCCAAAGGCUCGGCGAACGGCGGCGUCGCCGCCAUCUUCGACGAGAUCCCCUACCUCAAGCUCUUCCUCUCGCAGUACUGCAACGGCUACACCAUGGUCGGACCAAUCUACAAGACCGACGGCUUCGGGUUCGUGUUCCCGAGAGGGUCGCCGAUGGUGGCGGACGUGUCGCGGGCGAUCCUGACGCUGGCGGAGGGGGAGAAGAUGGCGCAGAUCGAGAAGAAGUGGUUCGGCGAGCCCGGCGCGUGCCAGAGCCAGGGCAGCGCCGUCGGCUCGUCGAACCUCAGCUUCCGGAGCUUCGGUGGGCUGUUCCUCAUCACCGGCGUGGUCACCAGCGCCAUGCUCCUCAUCUACCUCGCCGUCUUCUUCUACCGCGAGCGCGACGAGCUCCGUGCGGCGGAGGCGGCCGCCGCCGCCUCCGGCUCCGGCUCCGGCUCCGGGAGCCGGUCGCUGCGGCGGCUGCGCGCGUGGGCGCGGCACUACGACCAGAAGGACCUCAAGUCCCCGACGUUCAAGAGGAGGUGGAGCGACGAGUCCGUGAGGAAUGGCAGCGAGUACGCCGCGAGCCGGACGCCGAGGUGGGGCGACGAGAGCCCGUGCAACGUCGCCGGCGCCGCCGACGCCGACGCCGGACGGAUCCCGGAGGAAGUCGUCGGCGGCAUGAGCCCGUUCAGCAUCUCCACGAGCUCGGAGGAGAGGAACGGCGCCGUGUCUCCGGCGGCGGCGGAGUUCGAUAACUCGUCCGAUCGGGCAGCGGUGGUGGCGGGAACAUCUCAACCGCGGUAGAUGUACAUGUGACAUGGCAAGUUCUCCCAGUAGACGUGUCCGGUAGGAUAUGAACAUUGACAGGUCAAGUACAAGUAGUGUGCAACCGUCUCCUCGCCUGUAGAUAGAUCCUAGUACUACUGUACUACUACCAGUAGAUGAGAAAUUCAGCAACUUGACCGAUGAAGCAUUGGCAGUGGCUUUGUAAAGUGUAAUAUGGCAACAAUAAUAUGUGAUUAAUGUAGAUGUAUUUUGGGAAUCAAAUA